AUGCCUUCCCUUCCCGGUUUCUUGACUGCAUUGAAGAAGAAGUUUAAGAAGGAGAAGAAGGGAGCCCGGACCGGCAGCGCGGAAAAUAUCGAUGACGUCGAGGAGCCGGCCGCGAAGAAUGACAAGCCAGAGCGCAGCGGGAUGGCGGCCGUCGAGGAAAGCUUGAGAAAGAAGAACAAGAAGAAGAAGGGCGACGCCGGAACACGACAACAUAAGACCGGUGGCGACAUGAUGAACAAGACGCAGGACGGCGGAGACGGUGUACCCAUUACGCCACCACCACCUACAAAGUCUGUCCGAACCUUCGAGCGGUCAGGCAGCCGAAAGAAGAACAAGCAGAGCCGCGAGCUGCGCAGCAAGAUGGCCAAGUUCAAGCGGCCGCCGAAGGGCGAUCAGCAGGCGAUGGUCGAGGCGUUCGCCAGGGCCACCUGCGAGAAGGGCAUCAAUGGGUUGAGAGCCGAUUUCUCGAGGCACGAACGCAAAUAUGAUAUGCACAAGUGCACCGUGUUUGCCCGCUACCCCGGCAAGAAUCGCUAUAAGGACGUGGGCUGCUUGGAUGAGCAGCGUGUCCGGCUUCUGAACGUGGGCCCCGAAAACCCUGACGGCUACAUCCACGCAAACUACGUCGCCACGCUCAAGGCCGAAAACAGGUUCAUCUGCACCCAGGCGCCGCUCGACUCGACCUGCCCCGAUUUCUGGAAUAUGAUCAUGCAGGAGGAGGUCGAGAUCAUCCUCAUGUUGUGCGAUUUUGAGGAGCGCGGCCAGAAGAAGUGCGCCAUGUACUUCCCACUGGCCGUCGACGAGACGAAGACGUUCGACGCGUACCAGGUGACGAAAACCGAGGAGAAGGACAUGGAGUUUGUCAACGAGACCAAGGUCAAGAUCCGCAUCAACACGUUCCGCGUGCAGAAGGGGGACAAGUCCCACGUCUGCAACCAGUACAUUUGGCUCGCCUGGCCCGAUCGCGGUGUCCCGCCCGCCGAUAUGGCCUGCAUUGAACUGCUCCAGAAAGUGUCCGUCACCACGAAACCGAUAGUGGUGCACUGCUCGGCGGGAAUCGGACGUACCGGAAGUGUUGUGCUGCUGCAGAUGAUCCUCGAGCUGUUCGCCGAUUCGAGGCAGUUCGGCGACAUUGAGGGGCUGAUGCUCCAGAUGCGCAAGUCGCGCGCGUGCAGCGUUCAGAACGCCGCGCAGUACCUGUUCGUGCACGAGGUGCUGCUGUGCUACUUCCGCAACCAGAAGCUGCUCGCCUCCGACCAGAAGGUCUUCCAGGAUCUGACCGCCGCCUAUUACAAGGCAGUCGAAGCUGCGAAU